CUGUUGUAAAUCUGACAAUGUACAUUUUAGAUGAUAUAGUUAAUUUCCUGGUGAGGGGAGUGUUGGCGUGUUGUCUCUUGCCAACUGUUACCUGGUCCUAAGCAACGUUUACCACUGGCAAUGCCAAACCUGGUUAUGAACGGAGUGAUAGGAUCCUUUUCCUCAGAAGCAAUUUUCCACGCCUGGGGGAAGAAUUUCAUAGUCGCCAACCUAACUGGACAAGCUCACAUCCUUGAGCGGUACCUAUUGUGGAAUCAGUCUCUUGCUGAGGGAGAAACACUAGAUGGUGCCCCUGAGGAGGGAGGGCUUUGGGCGGUGCCAGUUAGGAAGCACGGCGAUGAGGAAGACAAGACUAUUGCUGAGAGCUGUCAUGUGACAGUUGGUCUGGAAUAUCCUGGCUUCCACGUCAGCACAGGAGCUGAGCAGACUACUGGCCACAGACGGUGGUCAACUGGCCAUUGGGGAAGGCUCCUCAUGAGACCGUUGGCAGUACGGACACUGGGUGAGGAUGGCCAACGUUGGGCUUCCCCUCAUCCUUCAGAGGGGCUUCACUUGGGGGCACCUCUUCCAGGGCAUCAACUGUCUCCCAAAGAGACCUUGGGGAAGCAGGAUUUGAGAAAGCGACUGGGGAAGUCCCUGGUUCAAGGGUGCAGGGAUGAUCCUGGGAAGAUCCCAGGGAGGGAUCUCUCUCCCCAGGGAACCAACUGCAUUGUUGUCCGCAGCCCCUCACUCUUCAGGAUGAUGAGUGCCAUGAUGACCCCAACAUAGGCUAGAAGAUCUUCCACGGCUCUGAAGAUGGCUGACGGGGCCCAAUCUCAAGUUUUCUCGGAAUGAGCCAACGUCUCACAAGUGAGAUACUGACCAAAAUCGGAGACUGAGAAUGCAAGAUACAAAUGGACAGUGGCCUGGCCAUCUAUAAAAAUAGGACUCUGAGCUGAGGUCUGCAGCAACCAGCCCAGGAAGUCAACCCAUUUUCUACAGCUUCAGCAUAUUAUCUAGAAGUCAGACUUGUAGCUGUCAGACCACCUUCUCAAGCAACCAGCCCCGGAAGCUAAACAAUAACCUCUGGAUUGCCUGUCCCCAAAGAGUCAGCAUUUGAUUGGUAACUGAGAGGAUCCCUGAAUAUGUCCCCACUUGCCACUUGAGACCAGCAGAUGACAUCACAGAUGCACCCCUAACAAUUACAUGAGAUGCCCUUCCUCUAGAACACUGACUAUAGCUUCCUUGCACCAGGAAUCUCCUGCAUCACUGUGGCCUUGUCUUCUGCCUCUACAAAGUUUCCCUAUUCUUCUGUCCAUCUCUGAGUCUGCCCACAGGGAAGGGAUUGUGUCUGACUCCCUUGCUCUAGCAAGUUCUGAAUAAACCACUCAUACUUAUUA